UAAUGGGUGAUGGUUUAAUCAGCAUAAUAUUUAAAUGGCAGGGCCAAGAAUACGAACUGCAAAAUCUGGAAGGGUCAACUUCAGUUGUUGAAAUGAAACGCCAAUUACAGUCGAAAACUAAAGUGAGUCCAGGAAAUCAAAAACUAAUCGGCCUCAAGUGUAAAAAACCGGGAACUGCAGUUACGGAUUCGACUCUAAUUUCGGAUCUGGUUUUGAAGAAAAACAUGAAAUUAAUGAUGAUGGGAACUAUUGAUGAAGAAAUAGAGAAAGCUAAUGAAGUGCCAGAUGACCUCCCAGAUGUAGUCGAUGAUUUUGAUAUUCCGACUAUGGAUGACCUGCCGGCUGAUCGAAGAGAGGAGUUUUUGGCUAAGAUUCAAAGGAGGGUGAAGGAGUACAAAGUUGAAGUGUUUCACCCGCCAGAGGAGAAUAAGAAACUAUUAGUGUUGGACAUAGACUACACUUUAUUCGACCACAGAUCAGUAGCUGAGAAUGGACUUGAACUGAUGCGGCCUUACUUGCACGAGUUCCUAGCGGCUGCCUAUGAGAACUACAACAUUGUGAUCUGGUCUGCCACUGGCAUGAAGUGGAUCACGGCCAAGAUGGAGGAACUGGGAGUGAAGAACAAUCCCAAUUACAAGAUAGUGGCCUAUUUGGAUUCUAUGGCAAUGAUAACCGUGGAGACAAAAAAAUACGGCCUUAUCGAGACUAAACCUUUGGGCGUGAUUUGGGGAAAGUACCCGAGCCUAUUCAGUGAGAAAAACAGUCUUCUAAUCGAUGAUCUCAAACGCAACUUCUUAAUGAGUCCCAGAAAUGGACUGAAAAUUCGUCCUUUUGCUCGUGCUCACAGGAACAGAGAUACAGACCGGGAAUUGUUCAAUCUGAUCCCGUUUUUGAGAUUUUUGGCACAGCAAGAGGAUUUUACUACGAUAUAUUUUGAUCACUGGGAGAGCUAUAUCAGAAAAUGAAAGUUAUAUUUGUUGCAUAUCAUGUGUGAAAGAUUUGUGAUUGCCAUGUUAAUAUUAAGAUAUAUUUUUGAUUGGUAUUGAUUUUGUGUUUUUAAUUCAAAAGAACUAUCAAGUGAAAUAACAAUCUAGCCCAAGAAUUCUUAACCGAAGAUUAAGCUUUGA